CAUUAUUUAAUUAAUAAUUUUAACUAGGUACAAUAUUUUUAUAAUGAAUUACUGCAAUAAUUGAUAUUGAACGUUACACCUUAACCUUAUUUUAAUUUUUUGGUAUUGUGUUAUGAAUUUGUGAUUGUGAGCAGUUGACUGUUUAUCUUUUUGAUUAAUUUGUUAUUGUUAAGAAACGCCCGGAUGUGGUUGUGUACCGACAGUAAUUUUACCAUUUAUUAGAGGUAGAUAUUGAAACAUGGAGGAUGAAAUAGAAGAAGUAGAGGCUCGCCCUCCGAGUGCGCGACGUAACUUGACGCUAAGGAACAAUGCGGCUCGGCAGGUCGCCGUCAACUUCAUGCCGUCACGACAGCUGCCCUACAACACAUUAAGACUCCGGCGUAAUAAUUCCGAGCACAAUGCGUUACUGGAAGAGAAUGACUCUGCGGAGACAGACGCUCCUGAUGCAGUUGACAAGCAGGCUGACAUCAUCGUCCGGGAGAUGGAACAGCAUAAACGGCUCAUGGAGGAUGACCCUGGAGCUGAGGAGUUGAGGAGAGAGGCCCUAAGAGAUCUCCCUCAGGGGCUGACGAUGAAGAGGAACGUGCGUGCCAAGCUGUCUGCCUCAGUCAGCCUCCGGUCCAAGCGGCGACCCAUCUCCAUGUGGAAGCGGAUGAAGUAUCGAAUUAGUUUUACAUGGAAAAGGAUCCGCGACCGCUGUCGUGAUGUAGUAUUCUCCUUCGAGUUCUGGUACGAGCCUAUCCGUCAGAUCGAAGGUCACUUCGGUUCAGCAGUGGGAUCCUACUUCUACUUCCUGCGCUGGCUGUUCGUGCUGAACCUGUUCCUCUCCAUCCUCAUCACCACCUUCGUCAUCAUCCCCCAAGCUCUCCAUGAUGUGGAGACUUCCAAUAGUGCUAAGUUAUCGUUCUUGGAUUUCAUUACUGGAAUGGGCGGUCUGACGGACUCCCUCCUGUACUACGGCCACUACCACGCGGGCGACGUCCGCGCGCACUCCUCCCUCACGUACAAUAUGCCGUACGCUUACUUCUUCACCAUGGUCUGCCUCUAUCUCUUGUUCUUCGGCAUACUUUGCUAUAGGACAGCGUACUCCUACCGGGUGAAUUUCAUAGAGACGUCAGGCGGACUGAGCCAUGUGUUCGCGAACAAAGUGUUCUGCGGCUGGGACUUCGGGGUCGUCACGCCAGAGGCUGCCAAACUUAACGCCAACAGCCUUUAUAAUGAGUUCAAGGAGUUACUAAACGAGCAGAACAGGAACAAAGCGCCGACGUGGUGGUUGGUCCGCUUGGGGCAGUACGUGUGCAACGUGUGCGUGUGGGUGUUCGCGGCGGCGCUGGUGGCGGGGCUGGCGGCCGCGCUGUGGCUGCUGCUGGCGUGGAAGCCAGGACCCGGCCUCACGUACUGGCCACUACUGGUGUCGCUGGCGCUUACAGCUGCACUAACUAUUUGCCCGCUCAUGUUCCACGUGCUUGUCAAGCUAGAGUUCUACAACCCCCGUACGGCGCUAUACGUGACGUUGGCUCGAACCUGGCUCCUUGACAUCGGCAUCCUCAUGGUGCUGCUAAUCUACUGGUCGCAAGCACAUGCGGAUCAGUGUUGGGAAACUUCGUUCGGUCAGGAGGCGUACCGGCUGGUGUUGCUAGACUCCGUCAUAUCUUUGCUUGUGUUGCCACUCUUUGAGUUCACUAGAGGCUUAAUUUAUAAAUGGAGCAACAAAGGCAGUCCUCCAGAGUUCAACCUGGCGUACAACUCCCUGACGCUGCUGUACAACCAGGCCGUGGUAUGGAUGGGUGGCAUGUUCGCCCCGCCACUGGUGCUGGGCGUCACCAUCAAGUUGGUGCUGCUGUUCUACGUCAAACGGGAGGUGGCUAGGAGGGCCUGUCAGCCUGCUAGGAAGGUUUGGCGUGCUGCACAAACACAAACGGUGCUAUACAUGUUUGUGACCCUGUCUCUGUUCACCACGAUAUUCGGGAUCGCUACAUUUUUCCUACGGACAUCAUCUACCUCGUGCGGUCCGUUCUCAGGCUACAGCUAUGUAUACGAGAUACUGACAGAGGGCGCGCUGCACCUGCACGAGCGGCCCGGCCUGGCCGCCGCACUCUACUUCAUGGUGCGGCCCGGAGUCAUCGGGUUCCUUAUGCUGUUCCUGUGUGUGUCGGUGUACUACAUGCGCGCCCGUGCGCGUGCGCAGCGCAGCAUGGUGCGGCUCCUGCGGCACAUGCUGCUGCUGCAGGCCAAGGACAAGGACUUCCUGCUCACCGCCAUCUCCAACGUCUCCAAUGGGGAAUGGCUGUACAGUCCAAAACCAACAGACGAAGGUCCAGACAGUCACACGUGGAAAUACCUCAGAGAAGUGCGAAAACCUUCCAAUUCCGGGUUCCAUUUCGACGCUUCUAGACUCAGUCACUCCUUGAUCGAAGGCAGACCUCGGUCCUUUGCUAAAGAAAAUAGGGCUUCGCACUACAAUGAGAAGAAGUCAGAAGAUGGUGAUACGGACAGUUCGUUCAGUUGGCAAGGGUCCAAUAAUUACUUGAAUAAGACUGAUGGGGAUCGGCAGUGGCCUUGAUUGUGUUACUGUGAGGGGUUACCUGUCCCAGGUAUUGCUAUGGUGCUGUAUUGUAAGGAUUAUGGUGUAAAGUUGUGAAAGGAGCAGGAUAUAAUUAUGGAAGUCAUUUGUGAAAGGUUAUGUUCAGAGGACGUCAAACAGCGUUAGGCGCUUUGAUUGGUUGGUUUAUUUGAGCCGACCAAUCAGAGCACCGAAUGCGGUCUCGUUUCGAUUUCGUUAAACGUAACGUUAACGUACAAACUCGUAUUCUCGUCAGGAAUCGGAAGUCAGUUGUGAAACUAAAUUGUAUAUCGAAUAUUUAAAAUUCAGUAGUUGAUUUUCUAGUAUGUUUCAUAAAAGUAUUUGUAAGAAAUAUAAGGUUAACACAUGACUAUGAAUCUAAAGUAAAACAUUAUUCAAAUAAUAUUAAAAAAAUAAUAUUUAAAUGAAAUAAUUUACAUUAUCAUGUAACUGUAGUACUUAUCUAAUGAAUUUUAUAUGAAUUAGUUAACUUUUUAUUUUACAAAUACAAUCGAACUGAUUUCAAUCGAAAAAUACAGUCCAGUACAAGUAAACUUAGCACAGUCUGGUUAGCAUUUAUCGUAUCCCGGAGCUGCGGACUGCCUAGCGGGUUACCGGGGCUCCGGCUCGAAAAGCAGUAGUAGGAACGGGGUGGUUUUUAGUCAUUAUGAAUCUGAUACUCCCUCUCGCCUCACCCAAAGCUAGAGAAAGAAGUCAAUGGAUGAAUUUCCCCCCUCAAAAAAAAAAACUUAUUUAAGACAUUUUCUAAACCUCUUGCGAUCCGCCUCAUAGAAUUUCGAACCUAUAAGCCAAUUUUUAUACAAAUCUCAAAUUUAAACGGUUGUGAUAAAGAAAAUAUCUUGCAAUAAUAAAACUAACUACUUAUAGGUGUAUUAAAAUUUUAUGAAAUAUAAGUAACUCAUAUAUCUCGUGCUCUGAAAUUAUAUCGAAUGUAAUCAUAUUUAUUACUUAUGCUUCCAAUGGACUAAAGCUCACAAAAAUGACAAAAUUUCUAAUAUAACAGUUAAACUCUUAAGGUCCUAUCUCUGUGCCAAAUUGUAUCAUAAUCAGAAUCUAUGAAAAGGAUCUGAAUUAAGAAUAACUUUCGUGCUUCCAUUUUAUCUAUGUAUCGUAUGUAUAAGUUGUACAUAAAUGUAAUACAACAAUUCAAACGUCAAAUCUAUAAAUUAUUAUGUGCUGUUUUAGUGUCAAAAUGUAGGUUUCUGUAGAAAAAAUCGAAUAAGAAACAGCAUGGCCGUCAGGAGACCUGUCUAGAAUCUUUACAAUCUAUAAGCGUUCCACUUGUAUAUUGGUUUUUGAUAGUAACCAAGUGCGUUUAAUACGGUCUUACGGAUUACAAAUCAAUUAAUAUCUUUUAAAACUACUUUAUCAGGGGCCCUCGGUAGAAGGCGCCCUAGACAGACAUAAAGCAAGAAUAUUAUAGAAGGGCCAAAUUAAAAGUACUCUUUACAGCAAGCAUACAUGAAAAGAUUGAUGACUGUUGAUGAAGCGAAAGAGGUAUGUAAGAUUCGUACGACGUGUCUCUACAACGGAAUGCCAAUUGCUACCAUGCUUGUCUAUCUUCCAUGGGGAUAGGCAGAGUCCUACCCCCAUGGAAGUCAGGCGUGAGGUUAUGUAUGUAUACUUUAGCAGUUGGACUUAGUAAUCAGGGAUCCGUGGCAUUAUGCCUGUCUUGCCACUCUGGUAUAACUCUAAUGAAAGAACAUGAUAAUAUGAGAAUAGCUUAUAAAAAAUAGGAAAAAUGUACUCCAAUCUUUUAUAUGUAGUAAAGAUUUUUUUUUUCAAGUUCCUAUACAAACCCAAACCAGAGAUUGUAAGGUAUUAUUUUAUUAUUUUUAUUUGUAAGUAAAUAAAUGUUUCUUAGACUUUCUAUUUUAUGUAGUAUUUAAUUGUUUAUAUAUUAGUUGUGUAUGAAAUAUCUUAAUGCUAUGCUCAAAGCUGGUGCAAUUUGAUCUUUAUAUUAUUAUUUUUUUAAACUUUGCCCCACACUAGGUUUUUCUCCUGUGUUGUGGGUGUGGAUAAAGAUUUUAACCUAUACUAACUUACUAAUAUUUAAUUUUACGCGCUAAUCUCUGGAACUAUUGGUCCAUUUUUAUGUUAGGCAGUGCAUUUAUAGAGGAGGACAUACAUAUAGACAAAGUAAUGGUUUAUAAUCUUUAGACUUAAGUCUGUAAUGUAGCAUUUAUAAAUACUGACUUAUAUAAUGUACAUAAUAUAAAUAAUAAAGAGAUUGAUCGAAAAAGAAGAGAUUUAAAGUAUUAUUUUAUUAUGAACUUGUAUUAUACCUGAAUUUGCUCUCAUUCUCUCAAACACGAGUGUUGUCAAACCAUGUCAAUUUAUAAUGUAGUUUCUAAGACAUUUUUAUAAAGCAUUUAUGUUUUAUUUUAUUAUAUUUGUACGAUAAUCUAUGUAUGUGAUGAAUGAAAUAAACUACAUUAUUAUAUACAA